CCUGCACACAGCCAGCACCACCAACAGUGCUGGACAGAAACACUGGGUGAGCUUCUGCAAGCCCAGACUGACAGUGGACAUGGGGCGAUGGGCAGCACGCAGCUGAGAGCCUAAAGGAACCACUGGGGCACUUCAGCUCCUUCUCCCCCCACCAUCUCCACAGCCUCAGGCUCCCCAGGCCAGGACAAGCUCUGGGCAGCAGAACCAGGCUGCUCAGCCCCUGCGCCUCCCCCCCAUGCCCUUGCCCCUGGGACAGCGCAGUGCUGGUGCGCAGCGGGUGUUGCAACGCACUGGGAAUGAUCACGAUAACACGAACGGUUGCCCUGGUGCCGGGCUUUGCUGUUGCAGUGCUUGCUAAAGAGAGUGGGCGUGCGGCUUCCUCUGGGCCGAUCUGAUUUCUCCGGGAGCGUGGUUAAGGCACACUCAGGAGAAAUCACCCUCCGUGGAGCAGGGACGCAACCUCUCGGUGCGCUCAGGCACCUGGGCAGGCGGGGAGCUGUUUUCUUUGCGGGGGGGGAAAAUCAAUUAGCUUGUUCCUCACGCCUGAGAAAACAUCAUCCGGCAACGAAAAGCAAAAGGAGCAAGUUUUGGGGGUCCGUGGGGUCCCUGCAGGGUGGCAGGAAGGCAGCCUCAACAGGAGCCUCCGUCCUCACCCCCACCAGAGAGACGAGGCAGGAGCUUUGUGGGACCCGACCUAAAAGUUCAUCAGCGGGAGUGCAGGCGGGCAGAAGCAGCAGCCCCAUGUCGUGGGACACGGGGCAGUACGGGGCCACCGGGCUCCCCAGGGCCACGCUACAGAAAUCAGCCUCGAUGUACACAGAAAUCCAGCGGGAGCAUCCUGACAGCAGGAAUAUCCUGACUCACCCAGACUACAUAGAUGGAAACCCGGACCUGAUCAAACCUAAAAAGCUCCUCAACCCCGUCAAAGCCUCGAAGAGUCACCAGGAGCUGCACAGAGAGCUGCUGAUGAACCACAAGAGAGGCUUGGGUGUGGAGAGUAAGCCAGAGCUGCAGCGGGUGCUUGAGCACCGACGGCGAAACCAGCUCUUCAGACAGAAGAAGGAAGAGGAAGAGGCAAAGAAAUUGCAAUCACCCUUUGAAAAGGAGCUGUUAAAGAGGCACCAGAGGCUGGAUCAGCUGGAGAAAGAGCAGGAGAAGGAGGAAGACCAUGCACCAGAAUUCAUUAAAGUAAAAGAAAACCUGAGAAGAACAUCAACAGUGACUGGGGAAGAGAAAGCAGCAUAGCUUCUGCCAAAACUCACUGGAGAUCCUACCAAGGCUGACAUCUCUGUACAUGGUGGACAUUCAAAGCCGCAUCUUUGGGGCUACUUACAGUUAUUAACACUUGCUCCAGUAGAAGGCACAAAAAGGUUUUCUCAUCCCAGGAAGGUCUUAUGGUGGAAAAGGUGCAGCAUGCACUGAAGAAGUACUCAGGCGAGGAGGUGCACAGAGAAGCAAUGCCCCUUUCCUCCCAGACUGUGGAUGCACACUAACUUCCAGCUAACUCUUGGUUAACCCUUGAGGCACAGUGACCAUGCAAGGAGGGAUGGGCAUCCCCACAGGCUUGGGGGACCCCACAUCUCCCCAAAGGUGGGCUCACCAAGCUGGGGACAAUAGGAGGGCAGCUGUAACUCUGGGAAGCCAGUGUGUUAGCGCAAGGGACAAUCUCUGAGAACAGCCCAGGUGACUGUAAGGGCUUUCCCAAGAGUUACUGGCAUCAUGCCACUACAUGAGUCCAGCCUUGCUGAGGCUGUGUGUCCCAGCAGCAUAGCUCUGCCAUUAAACAAUGAAAAAAAUCAACCCCUGUGUGCCCACACCAGCUCAGCAACGGCCAGUGAGGUUCAACUGUUUUCAUGAGCAUCUUUAAGUUGCAUUUCAAACCUGCUUGUGAACAGCUAUUUAGCUAUUUAUCCAGUUCUGUGCUCAGGCAGAAGAUAUAUUGGGCUAUCCCAUGAAAUCCCUGAGUGAGAGGAAAAUGCUUCAUGCACAAAGUACAAGCCGGGAGCUUUCAGCAUGGGUGUCAGUGGAAGCAUGUGGUGACCAGGCAGCAGAGCCAGCAGCAACAAACUGCUUCUUGCCUCUCUGCACAAGGAUGCUGCUGCAAAGCCACUUGUCAGUGCUUCUUAUCCCUUCUUCCAGAGGUCAGUGCUGCCUCACACUGCAAGGCUAAAAAUCUUCUUGCUGCUGGUAGAGCAAAGCUGAAGUAGAUGGUGCCUUUGCACCACGUAUGGACAGAGGCCACCACAUUUAUGGGGCACCUGUGCCCUGAGGUGUCCACAUAUAGAGCUACAAUUGCUCCUUCAGGUAGAUCUCAGCUUCUUGGUUCUCACACAGCCCUGCUACAAAGCCUGAACAGCAUAACUCACUGACUGCCUUCCAACACUGGUUCUUGAAUGGCAAGAGUCAAUGGCUGUAGUCAGCUGGGAAGGUGAUACCUGAUUAACACUAUCUACCAUCUACAUCUGCAGUGGAUCCAUACGUAAAUUAAGGAGAGGGGGUGUUUAUUAAGGAGAGGGGGUGUUUAAUAAGGAGAGGGGGUGUUUAAUAAGAAGUUACUAAUCCAUUCCCUAGUCUCUCUGGUCCAGCAGGGCGUUUCAUUUCAGUGGAUUGUUGCUCAACCUGGCAACUUGAGUAAAACAUCUGAGCCACAUCAUGCGUCAAGAGAAGUGAUACAGAUACAAGACUUCUGGACAGCCUUGCAUUAUAAAAAACCCUUAACCCAGUUCCAGCCCUCAAGAGCCCCACCUCACAGCACGGGCCCUCACUCAACAUGCUUAUUCUAAACAGGUUUUUAUUUCAGAAAUCCAGUGCAUAUGGUUACUAUGGGUCAAACAAGAUCUGAAAGGAUUUGUUUUGUCUUUUCCCACAGUAAAGUUUUUCACAUAGUCUAUGAAAAAAACUGUGAGGGAGAAGCAGCAUUGAGCAUUUUUUCAGGGGGGAAAAAAAGCCAGAUUUCUCACAGAUAAAAUUGUGUUGCUUAGGAUGCUUGUACACAGCUGUAGAAAAUGCUUUAUAAUAUUCCAUCCAUAACAUCAGUUUAAAUAACAAACUGAGUUGUUGUUUUGUGAGAGGUUAUGGCACAGAUCAAGUAACCUUGAUCAAAGAGCUCCAAAAAAUUAAGCAAAUUAAUUUGUAAUUUUGCCACUGAUGGAAAUGUGCUCCAGAAGAGACAAUCUGUCACUCCAUAUGCACCGGCAAAAACAGUGCUAUCGGCUCAUCCCGUCUGCAACAGGGGCGCUUAUGCAAGUCCUUGGUUGGGAAGCCUGGGCAAACUGAGUGCUCAGAGCAGGUUGGAAGUAUUUUGCCAUGGUCUUCUUGAAUACGAGGAUAUUAUCUGAAAAACUCAAGGUGUCUUCCUUUAACUCAGUGUUCACCAAGCAUGGAGAGGGGCCGCAUACCUUUGCAGUCUGGCACUGCUGAGAGGGAGUUGGUUGUCCAGAAGUGAAAGGGAGGGCCAAAUCAUACUGUCCUAGCUGAGAAUAAGCUAACAGCACCAAAAGAGAUCCUUCCAGCUGUGGAGUCAAUGGAGAGCCCUGACACGGGGAGGGUAGGGCAGCCCAUGCGCUGUCCCCAAGCUCCAUAUACAAUGCAUCGCCCCAUGCUUGAGCCCCCCUGUGACAAGACUUCAGAAGUGAUGUUUUAGUUGGAUUAAAAACCACAGCUCACUCAAAAAGAGCUCUCCAUGCCUGGACGAACUGAUGGCCACCUCCCUCGCACUCUUAUUCGUCACACUACAAUCAACACAGAGGUGGCACUGUCUGGGCACCAAGGGAGCAUUGGACUCCAAAAAUCCCAGCAGAAUGUAAAAUACACCAGUGUGGACAUGGUCAGGAGAUCCUGAGAUGUCUUCGUAUGUUGUUUCCUCCUAAACAAAUUCCUGCAUUUCAGGUCUAACGCUCUAUGGCCCUAGAAUGCGUUCCUGAAUAGACGUGAUGUAUCCAGAAGGCACAGAUAAUAAGGGUAUUGAUGGAAGAUAUAUAUAUAUUUUUUGCACUAUGUUUCCUAUGUGGUAUAUAGUUUAUAUUGUGUUGGUGUUUAUACAUUUAUAUACAUUUGCGUAUAUACUACAUUUGUGUAUCUACUACAUUAACUGUCACUGCUCUGUUUAAUGUGGACACUUCUGAAGAAACAAACUAAACUGGUUGUAUUUUUUGCUCUUUUCCACAAGGAACUGAAAAGGCUCCAAGGAUGCAAGCAGACAACAGCCAAAUAAACUGAUUGAACAUAAAAACCA